UAGAGCGCACAGUGGCACAGAGGAGAGCCUCGGGUAGGCGCUUAAAACCUUAAGAUUUCACGUUUUUUGGUGUUAUGGGCAGGAAACAUCUCUGAAGGGACCGUCGAGCAAACAACAAGGGAAAUAAUAAUGAUGAAGAAGGAUGUUGACUUGAGCCUGGCGCACGACGCCGAGCUGAAGGCGCAGAUGCGCGAGGCUGACAGCAUCCUCGGCUCCGCGGAGCUGGGGCUGCUCAAGCUGGCCUCCCCGGAGCUGGAGCGGCUCAUCAUCCAGUCCAACGGCAUGGUGACCACCACGCCGACCAGCCCCCAGUUCCUCUACCCGAAGACGGUGACGGACGAGCAGGAGUUCGCCGAGGGCUUCGUAAAGGCGCUGGAGGACCUGCACAAGCAGAACCGGCUGAGCGGAGCCGGAGCCGCGUCCUGCGGACCGGACCAGGUGGGCGCCCAGGUGGCAACCCUAGUCCAGCCGGACCUGCCGGUGUACACCAACCUGAGCAGCUACGGCGGCGGCCCGCUGGGCACCCCGCUGGGCACCCCGCUGGGCACCCCACUGGGCACCACGCUGGGCACCUCGCUGGGCACCCCACUGGGCACCUCGCUGGGCACCACGCUGGGCACCACGGUCAACUACUCCACGGACACGGUGCCUUUCCCGCCCCCCCCGGUGCACCACCGGCUCAACCCGCCCAAGGAGGAGCCGCAGACGGUCCCGGACGUGCAGAGCUUUGGGGAGAACAGCCCGCCGCCGUCCCCCGCCGACAUGGACUCGCAGGAGCGCAUCAAAGCCGAGAGGAAGAGGCUCAGGAACCGCAUCGCAGCCACCAAGUGUCGCAAGCGCAAGCUGGAGCGCAUCUCCCGGCUGGAGGACAAGGUGAAGUCGCUGAAGAGCCACAACACGGACCUGGCCUCCACGGCCAGCCUGCUCAGGGACCAGGUGUCCCAGCUGAAGCAGAAAGUCCUCACCCACGUCAGCAGCGGCUGCCAGCUGCUGCCGCACGAAGUCCAGGUCCACUAGUCAAGCCUGAAUUAUGGUUCCGCGUUACACCAACGGCGUAGGGUACGGCGUAGGGUACGGCGUAGGCUCUGCGUUGGUGUAACGUGGAACCAUAAUUCAGCCUUCAGAAGGACCGACCUCCACUUGGGCUACUGACCAGCAUAUAAGCUUCACAGACUUGGUUGAUGUUGGGGUUUUUUUUCUACAUUGGCAUGGACAUCAGGCCAUAGUAUCGGCCAAACUCUUAUUACUGACCGGCUGCUUUAAGAUGCGUUUUAAAAUUGGUCAAAUGUAAGCUUUCCUGGUAAACAUAAGAGAUGCGGGGGCUAAUUUAGAAAGUGCUCUCACAUCCAACAGGAAUAAAUGAGCACCAUGAGGGAUUUAAAGGAAAGUUUCCUUUGAUUUAUCCACUAUUUGAUAUCCUGUUGUACCAUGUUUGUACAUGUAUUGCUGGGAUAAAGAGGCACGUUGAUGACAUAACACCUAUCCAAAUUCCCCCCUGUACAUUUUUCUUUUACUGGCAGUCCACAAGCUGAAACUUUGGACCAAACAUACCAUAUUUCUGCAAAAUUAUGCACAUUUAUGACACAUGCAUUCUUUAUACACAAGCCACUGGAUGGUAGAAAAACAAAUGCAUAUGUGACCAAAUUUGAUAUGUAAAAAAAACAAACAUAUACAACCUAUUUACUAUGUGUUUCUGGGUCUGUCAGCAUGUCAUUGUUUCCAAUGCUGCUACCAGCUUUGUGUCACAGGGCACAAUGUAUUUAAUGUUAAUUAUAUUCAACCUCUACAUCAUGUAUUUAUCUACUUUUUUUAAAAGAAAAAAAUAACUCUACAAUGUCACUGUUUCAUUGUUCUUGUGUUAAAUGUGAGACUCAUAACCUUUUUUGUUACACUUACUGCUGCCAUCACAUCUGGCCUGCAGUUAGUCAGGUUCAUGCCACUGUGUCAUGAAUUAAAUGCUGCUUGGUAAUAAACACAGUUUCCUCUAUUUCUGCUGAAAGCCAUAUUUACCUGCCCGUUGACAAUGUGAGUAUUCAUAUCAUGAACUACAUUUUGGAAGUAUUUAAGUGGUUCAAGCCCACAAGUAUGAAUUUCCCAAUGUCCCACGUCUAAUCUAAUGCAAAAUUAGGUUUCAUAGCGAGUAAGCAUGUUACAGGCCUAAGAUAAGCUUUAUUUGUUUUAUCUGUCUAUGCAAUCAAGUAAAAUCGGGAUUUUGGUGACUCUUUCUGGACCACUUGAUGUAAAUGAUUUGUACACAUUCAACAGAUGUAGAUUUGUCCUUCAACAGAACUUAAAUUAGUGGGGUCCCUGCAGCCUGCGCUCUUGCUCCCUCUGCUGGUCGAUGAGAAAUUACAAACGCACUGCAGGACAUUUAAUAUGAAAUAACACUGACCUAUUUGAAUACCGUUAAUUAAAACAGAAAGGGAGCACUCAAUUUGAUAAAUUGCUGUUUUAGGGAACACAAUGGUGCUUAAUAUAAAAUGUAAGAAUAAGCCUAAGAUGGAGCUGUUUUUUUUUUUUAUUUACCAUAAUGAUCUGUCCAUAUCCUUUUGAUAUUUACUGCUGACCACCUUUGGAGGUUGUGUCUGAAUUCAAAUUGAAAGACAAAAUCUGAAAAACCUCAUUUUCAUUAUUUUAUAUAUAUAUUUUGUACUUGGACUCAUGAAGGAGAUGGUGGGGUUUGGGUCAGAAGACAAAGUCAACCUGCAUGUUGACGAUAGCUUUGGUUGACUCUGAGGCAAAACGUUUGACCAGAAGUUAAUUUGCCAAUUUCAUUUUUCUGCUUAUUACUUGCUCUGUCACUCCUGAUUAUCAUCUGAUUAUCAUCUGAUGGGUAAAAUCAAAUGUAACUUACAGCAUCAAGUUUGUAAUAACUUUUAGAUGGCUCUGUUAUAUAUUAAUUGUAUGAACAGAUAUUUUGUGCAGUAACUGUGUUUGUAAAAGUAUACUUCCAUGCAAUACUACAAUCUGAAUAUUUCUCAAGAGUACAAGUACUGCAGGUUCUUGUAAUGUUCUCCUUUAACAGUCUGACACUUGUGCUCUUUCAUUGUACUGUAUAGGAAGCCCUUUUUUCUUGAACAAAAAAAAAAGUCAAAUCAAAUAUACACAAAGAAUUUCAUAUUUCAUAUUUGAAUAAAUAUUA